UUGAUUUUGAAUCAUCUGGCUAAACAUAAUAAGCGGGAACGUUGUGCUGCGUGUGUACAGUGGUUGGCGUAUAUACAUCAGUGAAAUGCUUUAUAUGAUCUGAAUGUGAUUUAAACAUAAAUAACAUUUGCACCAAAUUGCUUGGCUUUACUUCAAGAUGAGGCUGGUUGAUAAAACGUUCCUACUGGUGUACUUUCUUACGUGCUAAUGCAGGGAAUUCUGUGGUAGUAAAUCGUAUGACAGCAGCAGCAUGGACACCAAAAAGAAGUUACCUCGUUAUAUGGGGGUCAAACGCCCAACCGAAAACCCUCAUAAGACAACACGCAGAUUAGAAGUGGAGCAAGAACAGAUUCAGAAGCGAACCUUCACCAACUGGAUCAAUGCCCAACUCUCCAAGAGGAGGCCUCCGAUUGCAGUGCAUGAUCUUUUUAAUGAUCUCAGAGAUGGAGGCAGAUUACUGGACCUGCUGGAGGUGAUGAGUGGUCAGAGAAUGAGCCGGGAGAAAGGCAGGGGGACGUUUCAGCAUAGAUCAAAUGUUGAGAAAGCACUGGCGUUCCUCAAGAGAAAAUCGAUAAAACUGGUCAACAUUAAUGUCUCAGAUAUUAUGGAUGGGAAGCCUUCCAUCAUUCUGGGUCUGAUCUGGACCAUCAUCAUGCACUUCCAUAUUGAAGAGCUUGCAAGCACAUUGUCCUUUAGUUCUCGGCAGUCGUCUAUGGAGUCGUUGGCAAGUUUGGACUCUCGUUCGACAAGCAGCAGUGCCCGCAGCAGUCCAGUGCCACCCCGUGGUUCUCCCUUGCAUGCCCGUUUCCGUGUUUCUGCCAAGAAAGCCCUGCUGCUGUGGGUGAGAGAGCAAUGUCACAGGGCUGGUUGUACUCUGAAUGUGAAGGAUUUUAAGGGGAGCUGGAGAAGUGGGGUGGUGUUUCUGGCGAUACUUCAUGCUCUAAGGCCCAACUCAGUGAAUCUGACUAGAGCCCGAACCAGAACCAACAGACAAAACCUGGAAGAGGCUUUUCAAAUCGCUGAAAGAGAACUUCACAUACCCAGACUGUUAGAUCCAGCCGAUGUUGAUGUUAGGGACCCAGAUGAGAAAUCUAUUAUGACUUAUGUUGCUCAGUUUCUGCAGUACUCAAAAGAAACUUCUGUUUCUGAUGAGGAAACACAGUAUCUCAGUUCUCCACAGUGCCUCUCUCCUGUCAAUCUGCCGUCUGACUUUACUCCAUCUAUAGCUGCAUCACCUCUAAGACAGGCCCACCUGCUAAUACCCUGUCCAAUCAAAUCAGCCCCUACUUCAUCACCUGAGCCAGCUAGAGCAGCUGUCCCUGGGUCAUCAGCCAAUCAGAAGGCUCAGGAGGUCACAUGCUGGUUGGUUCAGGCCUAUCAGGAGCUAAUAGAGGGGUGGGACUCCACCGAGGGGGAGAGCUAUGCUGAGAGAUACCACGUCUUCCAUACCUUCAUUGUGUCCUUUAAUGAGCAGCGGCGGCCUGUGAUGCCAUUACUAACAGCAAUGAAGAGAACACCUCAGCUUAGCGCGGAGCAGAAAGCUCUCCGACAGGCCUGGGACACACUCGCUGAGAAGCUGCACGAGUAUAAAAUAGAGCUGGACCUCAGUCUUCCAUCCCCGCUGGACACUGUGGGUCGCUGGUUGUUGCGUAUUGAAGAAGUUUUAUCUACUGAAGAGGACGAUUCACUGGAUCAUGCCCGAGCUGCGGAAGAAGCCCGCGAGAAACUUGAACUCCUAAAGGUGUGUUUGGAGGAGAUGCCACACCAUAUCAAGAGGUUUAGCGCGUUUCCAAACACAGAUGAAUUUGGAGAGACAUUGGUGCCGAAAGAUAAGAUGGAUGAGAUGAAGAGAAGGUUUACCAGUGUCCGUGUAACAGCCAAAUAUCACAGUAUUAAGCUGGAGUAUCAAGAGCGAAGGCACACAGUGUUGGACCUGCUGAGUCAACUUAACAUUAAAUUGCGUUCUUGGAAAAGAGCCUAUAUUUCCCAGGAGUCUGUUCAUGUGCUGAUGCAGGACUGGAAUGAGACUGUGAACAAACAGGAGCUGAACUCUUUGCUGGAUGGAGCCCUUCGUAGACUCAAACAAAUCGCCAGCAAAUACACCAGCAAGGCUGCUUUGGCUGAAAACUCUGGUCAGGUAAAUCGUCAGGUGUCGGAAUUGGAAGCGGAUGUGGCAGCGACUCUGGAGGGUGUACGGAUGGUGAAGGGAACUAUCGGACGUGUGCUUGGGGCGUGGGACUCUUACUCUGACACGUACACAUCACUCUACGCGUGGAUGGAGCAGGGGCCACAUGGUCACCGACAUGGACAGAUAUCAGGGGUUACCUUAUCGAUGAUGUCCGAGUGGAGCUCUCGCCAAACUCAUCUGAAUGAAGUUGGCAACUUCCUGAUGGAGGUCACAGACCCACAGACUAGUCGUGCCAUUUCGGAUGAACUUUGCAAGAUAAAUCUCCUCUGGGCUGACUUUGCCAAAACAACACAGUUUGCAUUGACUGAGGAGCCCAGCAUUGACCCAUCUAGUGCUCAGACAGUUCAAGCCCUGAUAAGAGAGGCCACACAGUUGCUGAAAGAACCUGUGGAGGUUCUUUCUGUACCACUACGAAUUUACACCAAGAGACUGCAGUUUAUGAUGAAGAAAGUAAAGGAUGUGGAUCUUGAGGCCCUCACUCCAUCUUUAGACUGCUCCCGUGAGACCCUAAGCAAACUUCAGCAGGCCAUCCCUGAGGUGUUGCAGACACUCUGUGAGGCUGAACAGGUGUGUGAUGAGUUGCGUUUGAGUGUAAGCGGUUUGUUCUGUCGACUGGCUGAACUCUUACACUGGGAGACUGAAGCCAGAGAGCUUUACCAGGUCCUAAAGGAGGAAACACACAGGACCCGGAGAAGAGGACAAGACCCCAGAGUUCGUCUGUUGAUUUCGAGGGGGUUACAGUUGGAAGGUCAGGUGGUAAUGGAGGAACAGGAUUUGCAGGUUAUGGUGAUGACAAGUCAGAAAAAUUCCCCACUUCAGUAUCUCAUCGCAUCCAACAUGCAGGACAGGGUCCGCGCUGCUGUCGAAAAGUCGCAGGAAGCAGUAGGAAUGUUGAGCUCUUUGGGGGUUUCCAGAGACAGAAGCCCUGCUAGAGAUGAACCACCUCCCAAGAUCUUUGUCCAACCUCGGGAGACACAAGAAGAGCCCAAAACUCAGAAGUCCCAAACAGUCAGCUCAUUCCAGCCCUUUCCCUCAAGUGCUCCUGGCCUAAGUGACCCCCAAGAUACAGUCAAAGUUCAAGUAUCCUCUCAAAUAUUCUUGGAUGUAACUUCCCAAGCUAUAGGCUUCGAGCCCAAGCCAUCUAGUGAGCCUGUGCCCAUGAUUGUUGUAGAAGAGUGUGAAAAAGAGAAAAGAAGUCCUCAAGGGCACCCCAGUGGGCAACAGGAACACUCCCAUGCCCAGCUCACUGAAAUUAAGUCACAAGAGGUUGUCCAAUCUCAAACAAGAAAAGAAAUUCUCUCAAGGCAGCGUGAAGGAAAACAAUCUUUAUCACAACGUGUGACUCAACAACAGUCAGACAUGCAGAGCCAGUUGCAAAAGGAAACUCCAGUCACUGCCCAACAAGCUCAACAGAAAAUGCAACAAGCAGCACCACAAGUUAAAAAUAAACAACAAUUAGCAGAGCAGCCGAAAAAGAAGCCUCAGCAUGAGAAAAGGUUCAUUUCCUCUGUACAAAAACAACAGGUAGUUCAGGAACAAACACCAGCCCUGCCACAGUCUCAGGUUAAACCAGAGAUGCAGGUAGUUCAGGUACAAACACCAGCUCUGCCACAGUCUCAGUUUCAACCAAAAAUGCAGUUACAGAGUGAGGGUGCAAGUAAACAUCAAGCUCCAAAUAACCAGCAGAUGAAACAAAGGAAAUCUCAGGCACGGAACAGACCUUGGCUUCAACAAAGCGGUAAAUUAGAAAGUGUUACCCAACAUCCGGCUCAAGUGAUGCUCUCUCAGUCAGAGCCACAAGACAAAAGUCUAGUCAGUCCUAAAGCAUCACCACAGACAGCUGCUACUAUGUCACCUGUGGCUCUGGGAGGCUCAUGUUCUGUUCAGUCUGCUCAAGGUGCGAUUCAUGUGCAGUCACAAAGCAUUGUCCAGAGUAAGGCAAAACAGCUAAAACAACUACAACCAGUUGCACAACACCAACCCCUUGUAGGGGCACAAAAACUACCUCAAACUACUCCAACAACUUCAGCACCACCAGUGACCCAAAAACAACCACAACAGCCAGUUACAAUUCAUCAGGUAUUGACCCAACAACAUCAAACCUCUAUUUCAAGUCAAGCUCAAAUAACAUCACAAAAAGCACACCCCAUUGCACCUAUUCAGCAACAAAUGCAACCUCAAACACAAAGUGUAAUAUCAAAGCAACCUCAAGUGUUAAUUCAUAAACAAACACAACAACAGUCUCUGGCUCCCAUGGAGCCUCGUGUUUUGGCCCAGUGGCAACAACAACCGACCCAGUCUCCUUCGCUGCCCCAACCACAAAGAUUUCCAGUGUCUCAAGCAAUGCCCCAAGCCACUAACAGAUCAACAAUCCAACAGCAACCAGUAUCUAUUCAAUCCCAAGUAAUGAUGCAGAGGCAACAAUCACCACAGAUUGUAGUUCAGAUUCAAUCCCAGCAACCCUCACAACUAUCUCAGUCUGUGAUUCCCCCUGAACCCAAAAGGUCAACUCCCAUACCACCCAGAAUCAUCUCUAUGCCUCAGCCUCAGGCAUCCCUCUAUUCUCAAGGCCAAAUUUUAGGUCAACCCCAGGUCAAAGAACAGGGCAGUGCACAGUUUAUGAUUCAACCACAAGGGCAACAUCACUGGGUUUUCAGUAAACCAGAAAGUCUCACCCAAACUUACAGUCAACCCCAAGGACCUAUUCCUGUCUCUUCCCAAAUGCAGCACCAGGGCCAUUUCCAAAAUUAUCCCCAAUCUCAAAGUGUCCAUCCAACUCAGACUCAGCAAUGGCCUCCAAUAGCACAAGGCAUAGUGACCCAUACCUACUCAACUUGCCAAACUUCAGGUCAGGUACAAACCCAACCUCAAAUCCCAGUUUACACUAAAGCCCAGCCACAGCCUCUGCAGUGGCCCUCUCCUGGACCUGAAUCAUUGCCACAUCCUUAUGGACAGAUAAGACCCCAAGGUCCAAUUCACCCUAUGGUUCCUUCCCAGCACUGGAGGCCUGUCACUCCGGGAUACUCUCAAGCUGAGAUUCAAGGACAGGGACCACGUCCUCAGUACCCCCAAUAUCAAGGUCUACAGAGACCACAGAGCUCUCAACAGCAGUGGGAUUCUGUUCGUACAGAACAUCAGACUCAAGUCUCUUCCCAGAUGCAAGGUGUUCCUCAGCCUGUAGCUCCAUGGAAUCACCCAUCAUCACAAGCAUCAACACAAAGUACACAGCAACCUCAGCAACAACUUGGUCCAUCUAAGACAGAUACCCCACCUAAAAACCAAGUAGUCCAGACCCAACUUCUGUCCCAAGUCACAACGAAGCUCGAAGUAUUAGUACAGGAACCAUCACAGCAGCAGCCAACUACUCGAGUUAAGCAGCCAGCACUUGCCCUGGCACCCCCUCAAACCUACACAGAAGCUUAUUCAAAGGCACAGGCGUUGGUUAGGAAUAGAUUUGAGGAAGCAAAGCACUGUCUUCAAGAACACAUUCUCGAAGCUGUCACUGUAUUCAAGGAGAAGCAGUUGACAGAUGAACAAGCAUUAGUCAAGGAGGAGACAUUAAGGGCUCUUGACACUGAGCUCCUUGAAGAGUUCAUGAGGGCAGCUGAGGGGAUGGAGGCUUUCUGCACCCCAUCAGAACUAAGAGACAUGGAGUUUUUCACCCAUUCUGUUAGAACACAGUGGGAGGCUAUACGAGCUCAAAUGUCAGAAUAUUUGAGGCAACUCAGAUAUGAGAUAACCCGCCAGCAUUUUAACCGCAUAGUUGAGACAUGUGAGAUGCACUUUAUGAGACAAAAACUCAACCAUACACCUGAACCAAUGACAGAAUCAAAAGAAGAGGCCUGUUUUUCGGCAGAUGGCAGUCUGGCACAGGCAGGGCAGCAUCUGGAAGCUCUGAAGGAGUUGUGUGAUACACUGAGCCCUGAGGAUGCACACAGGCUUGCACAGGCCCAACUUAAAGAGUGCGAAAGGAGACUCGCUGCCAUCCAGCGGCAGUUUAGUGGAGAUCAAGACACACCUUCACCAGACAGCAGUUUACAAAUGGACCAAACAAAAGAGCCACCUGCUCAGAAAGCACAAACGGUCCCACCAUCCGCUGAGAAGCCCAAAGAGGUUAUUGUUACAGAGGCGGCCACAGCAGUCAGCCCCCCACAGCCACGAACUGUGGAGAAGAGAGAAAUAGCGAAACAAACAAGUGUGGAGGAAGACAGGUACCGCAGCUGCAGGUUUGCACUGUUGACUCAGCUGAACAGGAACGAGCAAUGCAUGCUGGGAGAUCGUCCUUCAGAAUCAGUCACUCCCACAGACCUGCAAAAACGCCACAGAGAAUUAAAGUCUUUGUGGGACGAAACAGAGUCAUUGUGGAAGGAUUAUGAAACACUGUGCAUGCAGUCUGUACAAUUUAAAGACCGCACUGCUGAACAGGACCGGACUGAGCUCACUGUCAGGUGGAGAGAUCAGAGGUCACAGUUACAGCGCAGGGUGGAUUCACUGGGAGCAGCACUGGAGCUCAUGGACUCAAUUAAGCAGAAGAUUUCUGAGGUUUCUGAAAGGCUGGACAAGUUCAUCAAAGUACCUAAAGACAUUAAGGGAUACACACUAGCCAACCCUGCCAUAUUGAGAGAUGUUAAGGAUUUAGACGAAAGUAUCCAAGCAGAGAUGGAUCGUCUCUCUCGAUUCGACUCUGAGCCUAGUCAUCUGGACCUGCGUGACCGGUCACCUCUCACUCAAGUGGUUCUGAAUCACAGAUCCAGCCUGGACCACCUCAGACAACAAGUGCGCAAGAGUGACGCCGCUGCCCGUGCCCUCGAACGUUUCCUCAUGUCCCUGCGCACCGUCGAGCUGGAUGUGACUGCUGUGCAGAGCGCCCCCAGCAGUGAUGCUGCGGUACUGCAGGACAGCAGAUCUAAACUGGCACUCAUCAGGAAGGGAGUCAGCAGCCUCAAUGAUAAGGCUCCACAGCUAGACCAGCUCUUGGGUGGAGCACAGCUCGACGUGACCCAGGACGGCAGCCCUGUUUCCUGCCUGGACAUGGUGGGGGUCCUGGUGCGCAAAGUGGAGGAGGUAGAUGACAGGUUGAUUAUUCGACAGAAGGAUCUUCAGAAGGAACAGAAGAGCCAGGGAUUUGGUCUGAGGAGAAAGACAAUGCUGGCUGAGCUGAGGAAGGUGCAAGGGGCAGCAGAGAAACAGGGACUGAAGGAUCCCACCUUGCCAGCCGUACAGCACAGGAUGCGAGCGCUGUCCGAUCUUGAAUCUCAACUAAAUUCACUUCGCCCGGAAUACCAAAGCAUCAGGAUGGCUCUGUCUGAACUCUCCUCACAGAAAGAGGAGCCUGAUCCAGCAGAGGAGGAACUGAAAUCCCUUUGGGAUGAGACAGAGAGAUCUGUAUCUGACAGACAAGAGCAGUGCACUGUUUUAAUGGAACUGCUGAAGAAGUUUCAGAACUGUCGCAGUUACCUUGGCAACACUCUCCAGAGGGCGGAGCAAACUAUUAAUGAACAGGCAUCAUAUAUGGGCAAAGACAACCUGCAACGCCUCCUCACAAAAGUCAUUGGUAUAAAGGAGGAGCUCAGUGGCCUUGGAUCAAAGAUAGAGGAGUUCAGAGUUGUGUGCAGACAGUUGCAGUCCCAUCUGAAAAAAAUCCCUGACUGCUCAGAAACUCCAUUUGAAGCGGAGGCAGAUGGUUUGGUGGACUCGUGGCUGGAUGUGUCAGAGAAAACAGACAAUUACAUGGAUAACUUGCGUGUGGCUCAGGAGAUGUGGGAGAAACAGCUGGUCCUGGGUGGAGAAUUGGACAGCUGGACUUCCACUAAACUCAUCAUCUUCUCAGAGUCUCACCCUUUUACCAGCGAGAGUGAAGUUCUCAGCAUGAAGAAUGAGAUUGAAAGCCAGGAGGACAACAUUGAACAUUUCCAUAGAAAGUUAUUAGAGAUCCAAGAACUUCUUCAGAGCAAAGAAUCUCCUCUCGAAUUGCAGAUAAUGGAAACAAACCUAAGAAAGAAAAUGGAGCAGGUGAAGGAGCUCUUCUCUGACUGCACUGACGUGUUUCAGGAGCUCCUCACAGUUAUAGCUCAUCUAACUCAGAAGAUCAACACCAGUCAGUCAUCCGUGGAGAAUAUACGAUCCUCAGCUGAAACGGUCUAUUCAGAAGACCGCGCACAGAUGGAAGCACAGCUACAGGACCUGAGUGAGCAGCUUCUGGACCAGGAGGAACAGGCUGACUCUCUGCUGAAGGAAAUCAAUCUCAUGUUCAGCAUUACUGGACCGCAAGUGAUGGACAACCUGAUCAAUCACAGCAAGCGUCUUAAAGAAAGCAUCGCAGAAACAAAGGAGCUGAUUCGUCAGAAUAAAGAACAGGGGGAGAAGAGCUUCCUGCAGACUAUCAAAGAAAAAUUCAACUCAUUUGAGGAAUGGUUGCAGGAUGAGCAACUGUCUGUGAAUGAAUGUUUUGAGAACCCAGAGAGAAGGGAGGAUGUGGAGGCAUCCAUGCAAAGACUGACGGGUUUUCUUGCCUCUAAAGAAGGAGAACAGCGUCUGGGCCAGUUGAAGGAGAUGUUUGAGAGAAGUGGACUCGAAAAAUUGCCUUCUGAGGCUCAGGCUUUGUUCUCCACAUGGCAGCAGGAACAGGAAGGAGAACUUGCCACUCUCAGAGCUCAUUGCCAGGGACGACAUAAACAGCUUGACGACAUCCUAGAUAAUCUUGACAGUUUGCAUAAGGAGCAAAACCAUUUGAAGGACUGGCUUCAGCAGAGAGAGGAGGUGCCCACAGAGAGACAAAAACUUAGACAUCUACAAGAGGAGUUACUUCAAGAAAGUGGUCGUGUGGAGGCCUUCCAUGACUUGUUGUCCACCGUAAGGAUGCGUGGCCUGAGAGGCGACCCUCUGAUCAAAGACAGCGAAGGACUGAUAGACAAAUACCACAGCAUGGGGAUUAUUUUAGAGAAUCAGGCUCAAGUCCACAAGGCACUCGAUGAUCAAACAGAAACAUUUCAAACAAAAGCAGAGAAGACCAGAGCCUGGAUCAGAGAUUUAAAACAAGGCCUAGAAAUUUUGGAAGAAAACCCUACAGUACAAGAAAAACAAAGUAAAGCUCAGGCUGUUCUUCAUCGAAGUACCGAUGGAGACACAAAAUUAGCUGCUCUGAAAGAGGAGGUAGAGGCUUUAUGUGCCCAUGAGAUAUUGGAGGAUACCACGAGACAGGAGCUCAUUUAUACACUGAGAAACACAGAAGAUGAAUGGAAAAGGCUUCUGGAUAGUGCCCAGCAACUGAAAAAACAAGCAGAGGUCCAAGACUCUCUCACCAAAGAACUACAAGACUACAACGCCCAGGAAGAGAGCAUCCAGUCCUGGGUAAGAGAACAAUUGCAAAUUCUGCAAUCUUUGGGAAAGGAUCUUCAGUCACAGGAAAAACUCAACAAAGUUCAGGCCGUCUUAAGCCUUCAUCAUGAAGCCGCUUCCAGACUGGCCAGUUUAAAGAGACAAGGCCAGAUUGUAUGUUCUUAUAAAGAACUUGACAAUGAGAGGAGGAGCCACAUUGGCCAAACCCAGAGCGCGGUAGAGGAGGAGUGGAGUAAAGUGGUCCAACUUGCUCAGGAGCUGGAGAACCAGGUCAUGCAUGAGGAUUCUAUCUGCAGGGAGCUGCAGAACUUUUGGGAUCAGGAAGACGAAGCUCGCUCCUGGAUUAUGCAGCUGAAAAACAGCAUGGAUUUUCUUGCUGCAACAUUUUCUAUCCAGGAGAGGCUUAACAGGAUUGAGGCAGUACUAGCUCACAGAUCUGAGGGUGACUGUAAACUUGCUGACUUGAAGAUAAAAGAAGAGAGUCUCUGUUCCUGUGAAGAUCUAGAAGAGAACAAACGUCUUAUAAUCCAACAGACCCUACAAGGUUUACAAGAAGAGUGGAUAGGACUUAUAAUGAAUGCACAGGAGCUUAAGAGCCAAUCAGAACUUGAGGAUUCUCUAUCGAAGAACCUUCAAGAUUAUCAGGAACAUGAGAAAAACAUUCAAACCUGGAUCAGAGAGCAGCAACUGAAGGUUGAAUUUCUUGGUAAAGAUACCCAGCUUCAAGAGAAAAUAUCUGAAGCUCAGGCCAUCCUGGACUCAGAAUCAGAUGGAGAUUGCAAGCUUGCCUCUCUGAGAAGAAAAGCAGAAGAUUUGUACUCUCAAGAAGGGCUAGGCAAGAAAAGAAAGCAGGAGAUCAAACAGAGGCUGAACUCCAUUGAAGAAGAAUGGAAAAAGGUCAUGGCAGGUGCCCAGGAACUGAAGAAUCAGUGUGAGCUCCGGGAUUCUCUUUCAAAGGAGCUUCAAAACUUCCAUACCCAGGAGGACAGCGUAUGUUUCUGGGUGAAGAACCAGAAAGAUGAACUGGAAUCACUGGGGAAAAGUACCCACGGCACACAGGACCAGAUUGAGGAGAGAUUGAAAAAAGCACAAGCAAUCCUAACCUCUCGAUCUGAAGGCAACUCUAAGAUUGCAGACCUGAAAAGGACAGCGGACAAUUUGUGUUUCUGUAAAGACCUGGAUGAAGACACAAAACGUUCACUUACUGAUACGAUCAAACGUUUAGAGGCAGAUUGGAAAGACACCCUGCAGCAGGCACAAGAGCUGCAAAGUCUUCUGAAAACUGUAGUGGAGCGUCUGGAGUCCUGUCACUGUCAGAGAGAGCAGCUUCAGUCCCGUCUGGAGCAGGUGAAACAGCAGAUAGCUGCACUACCUCAUCACUUCCCCUGGCCUGGUUUGGGGGAUCGGAGGCACACAGUGGAGCAGGCCAGGAGUCUGCUGGAUCGCACCCGAAGCUUGACACCAUCUCUGUCUGCUGUUCGAGCACUAGGGAGGGAGAUGAGCCAGCUGACCCGAGAUUCCAGCUGGAUUGAUCCGUCCUGGACUACCAUGGAGGAGUGCAUACCAGAAUUAAUCAAAGAGCUUACGGAAUUUUGUGUAAAUCUUGAGGAGGAAAUCCGGAAAGAAAGAGUUUGUGCUCAGUUAGUUGAGCAGCACACUGUAGCUCAGGAUUGGCUGAGAGAGCAGGUCAAAGGUUUCGGUCCUCUGCCCACUGAACGCAGGGAGUUACAGAACUCUGUCAACACUCUUAAGGCUCUUCAUCAGACCGUAAAGAGAGAAAAGAAUGAGAUGAGAGAACUUGAAGCUGUUAAAAAUUCCCUAAUGGACCUCUGUACUCCCGGAGGUCGUGAUGCCCUGACCUUAGAGGUCAGCCACCUUCACGACCUCUGUGAAUCAUCGGAGAAGGCCAUGAGGGAACGGUUAGAGGUGUGUGAGGCCAGAUUGGGUGAUAUUGACCUCAGGCUUGCUGACAGGGCAGAGAUGAUCAGAGCGCAGGCAGAGAUCCUCCUGGAUGAACUACGUGCUCAGGACAAUUCUUUAAGUUUUCUGGAGAGCAGCAAAAACAUCAGCCAACUACAGGACAACUGGCAUAACUUCAAGAUUUGUGAGAAAGAGAUUGAGGCUUUGGAGGGCAAAGUUCGGGACCUCGGACAGGCCCUUCUUAUGGCCCCUCCAGAUGAGAACCCACCUAUUGAUGUCAUUUCUAUGGUGGACACAGUUACGCAGCAAUAUUGCAGUUUGCGGUCAAAGCUGUCCGAAAAGCAGAAUGACUGCGCAGACAGCACCGUGCAGUGUGUUAGACAGGCUUUACAAUGCGUACAGUCCUGGAACCAAAUAAAUCAUGCAAAUCUUCCCUGCAAUUCAGCCACGUCAGUGCAGGCUGCAAUUGAGGAAGGGGUAAAACUGCGUAAAAAUCUGCAGGUGGCUCUGUCCCAUAAGCAAUUGCUAAAAGAUUGUCUGGGUCCUGAUUUGGUUGGCAAACUUGAAAGGGAUGGAACAAAAACACUAACUGAAACAGACACUUGCAUCAACAACCUUAAAGAGGAGCUUAAGCAUCUUGAAGAGAAGGUGAAACAAGAAGCUGAGAGGUUGGCACAGGAGGCUCCAAGCAUCCAGCUUGAGUCACAGGUUCCCACUGUGACAAUAUCAACCACUUUUGAACAUUCAGAAAUUGUUUCAUGUUCUUCCUUUGUCACUGAGAGUGGCUUAAAGACAGACGAUAAUGAACAGGAUAAGAUACAGGCAAUUCAAAAUCUGGACAGCAAGCCACAAGAUCAAAAAGUGGAGGUUUCUGCCCAAGUUGGGCUUACCACUGAAAACACUGAGAGUCCAGCAGAGGAAGUGGAAGAGCCAUUAGGACCUACAAUGAAGGAUAUAUUUAUGGAGAUCAAACAAAUUACUGUAACAGGACCAAAAACUGUGCUAAUGGAGGGUAUGCCACAAAAAAGUAUCCUGAAAAUUUUGGACACAUCCAGUGCUGAUCUUGAAGCUCGGUUGAAAAGACUAGUGUUCCAUUUACUGGACCUUCGAAAUCACCCAGCUGCACUAAACUCCAAAGACAUGGCCAAACAGCUAGAGGACGCUGUGGAGUUUAGAAGAUGUGCACAGGGACAGGUGUCUAUGCUGUCUAAGCAAGACCAAGCUAAUGGUGACAUUGACACCCGUUCCAAUGGGACAGUGUUUGAUUCUGAGCCCAUGCAACAACUGAGUGCGCAGUGGAGUGCAGCAUUGUGGGAUGCAGCAAGCGCUGUCCACUCCAAGGAGGCUCAACUACAGAUGGUUGCAGAUUUUGAAAGGCAGACACAGAGGGUCAAAGCCACUCUUGAGAGACUCAAAACUGAGCGUGAGGCAUUGAGGACAUCUCCAGCUGACAGUAGUUUUGUUGAGGAGGAAAGGCUGCGCUCUUUUUUGAGAAACAUGGAGCAGGAAAGAACAGCCCUUGGUGAGCUGAUUCAGACGCAUGCAAAACUAUCUCCACACCUCAGUCUGGCUGAGAGACAAGCAGCAGAAAUAAUGCAAAGCAACUUACACGGCCAAUGGAGGCAGCUGGGGAGAGAUGCAGAAAGUGCUCUUUACAAGGUGAAUGCUUAUGCUAAAGAAAGUGCUAGCUUUCUUCAAGAGAUUGGUGUCUUAAAAGACCAUCUAGAGAACAUCCAGAAAACCCUGGAUGCAUCUAAGUCCUCACCAGCCUCAUGGGACAGCAAGAGAGCUGAAGAAAUUAUGAUUAUAAAUGCUGAUCUCACAUCUACACAACAGCAGUACCUUAACCUUCAGCAAACCUCUCAGGCUCUUGCCCAAGGAUUCCAAUUCAAAACAGAGACAUCCAGCAUAGAGCAGGACCUUCAAAACAUCAAAUAUCAGCUGGAUCAAAUGGGUGAACAGAUAGCAGCUGAAACACCAACCAGCAGCAACCCAAUGUUAAGUAAAAUUGUAAAGGUCAUAACAGAUGCUCUGGCUUGGGCCAAACAGACUGAAUGUGACAUCAAAGGACGGAAGAAGAAGGUGUUUCUGCUACCAGAAGAGGUCCAUCGACAGAUUAAAGAUUUAAAGAAAUUGCAGUUGGAGAUGAGCUCCAAGCAAACCCAGCUAAAGGCUUUGGUUGAGGAAGUCACUGAGUUGAUACCUGAACUAGAAAAGGCUGAUGUUCCAAUGGUCACCUUGUCCUUGAAAGCUCUACAAGAUUUGUCUAAAUCUACUGCAGAGAAACUGGCCAAGGCGAUUCGAGAGAUAGAAUCAGGCCUUCAGACCAGGGAGAAGAUGUCAGAGCAGAUUGCAGAUGUUGAUUCCUGGGUGGUUGGACAUCUUUGUAGAGAAGCUUUAAGGAGAGAGGAUUAUUAUUUAUUAUUAGGUUUAAGUGCAUCAGACCUGGAUCGUAGGUUGAGGCAGAUCCAGGACACUCUUGGAGAGGCAGAAAAACAUUCUGCUGUAACUGAAGCUCUUCUGAUGAAAAGCAGAGACAUGUUCUCAGAGCUUAGUGUUUCCGAAAGUUCUAAUCUCAAUGAGAAACUCACAAGCCUUCAAGAGGACAUCAAGAGUAUCAUCAGCUACGAGAAAGCUUGCUGCCAGAAAGUUAUGGAUGUCAUACAGAGCCGCGAAUCCUCUCAGAGGAAGGUGUCAUCACUUGAAAAUAGUCUAAGGCAAAUGCUGGUUGACGUAAAAAGACACAGGUUCCCUGUUACCAAAGACACCAUGUCCUCCAUCGAGCCCUUGAAGCAGAUAGUCGUGGAACGUAAAUCUCAGAUUGAGCAAGUCAGUCCUUGUGCAGAAGACAAGAGAAGAGAACUAUUAUGUGUUAUUACUGAACUGCACCGCAGCAUGAACGAUUUAGAUUUCAAAGCGCAGGAGCAUGAACGGUACCUGAGUCUCAGGCAAAGUGUUGAAGAUCUCAUGAAAGAAGUGGAGGCUCACAUUCCAAGGACCAGAGAUAACAGCAUUAACAAAGAGGAGCGCUACAAAGAUUGUCAGGUCCUAUUGACCCAAAUGCCUUUAUUAAAACUUUUGUGUAAAGAGACAAGAGAAGAACUCCAAGAAAUCACAGCAGAUCUGUAUCCAACUCAGCGCUCUACUGAAGAAGCAAGACUUAAGCAAAUCCUGGAAAAUCUCAAGACCCUAGAAUUGGCAGUGAACAACAAUCUUCGCAUACUGGAAUGGGAUGUAUUGAAGGAUAUUCACUACCCAUCAGAGCAGAAAACAGUUAAGAAAUUCCUCCAGGACACAGAUAAAGAGCUAGAAAAGCUUUGUUACGUUGAACCAAAAGAAAGAGUUGUUGAAAAAGAACUGAGAAAGUGCCUUGUGCUCAAAAAGGACAUUGAAUCCAGAAUGCGAGUGCUUGAGAUACCUGAAAAGAAAUUGGUAACUGAUCCUGAAUGGAGGCCACAAGACUUAAAACCGCUUACGUGCUUGAAGGAUAUGGUUCUGGAAAAAUGUGAUCAACGAAUGGUAAACUUAACAAAAGCCAAAGAACUGUUGAGAAACUACACCAAGGCAUUGGUUAACACCAUUCGGUUCCUCCAUAGAGCUGCUUUGGUCCUUCUUCCCUCCGUUUGCUCUGCCAGAAGCUGUUCAGAAAGACUUAAAGAUACUGAGCAAGCUUUAUCAACCCUAGACAAAGAGUUUCAGUCCCAUGUUUUACAGCUCCAGGCUCAAACCCCACAGCAUCCCUGUUUCAAACCACAGAAAAUUGAGUUUCUUCAUACAGAGGUUUUAGGGAAGCUCCUGGUGUGUCUGUCGACCCUAAAGGCCCAAGCUGAAAUUCAGUUGGAAAAUCUGAAGAGUUGUGUUGAGUGCCAGAAACAAUCUCGUAAAUGCUAUGAGGAGCUUUGCCAGCAAGUGAGGGACUCAGAAACCUCGCUAUCACAGUGUGCUUCCAGUAAAGUUACUUCAAACAAAGAUUGUAAAGAAUUGCAACAGAAACUCAAGGCUCUAGUGGAAGAAGUUGAUAUGCUACCUGGGAAACUAGAUAAUCUUAAAGAGUGGUGUUCAUUGCAUGGCUGCAGAGCCAACAGAGAGGAUGCAGUUAGUGCCCUCUGGGGGCAGGUAGCAAGAUUGCAGCGCUGUGCCAAUGAUCUGCAUACACACUUGGUACGAAUGGAACAAGAGUGGAAGGAUGUCACCCAUAGUGUGGAGCGAGCAGCAACUUUAUUGGAGCAGGUGGAGACGGAUUUUCCAGAUAGCAACAUGGAAAAUAUGACUGGUGAUGAACUGCAGGAACUACUGCUGUUCUCUUCCCAGUAUCAGGACAGACUUGACUGUGAACAAAGAGCUGUCUCCGCAUUGGAAUUAAGAGUUGCGAGGUUGCUUGGCGUUCCCUCCCACCUGGAAAAGGCCCCACCUAUUGCACUUUGCCAAGAGCUUCAAGCCAUGCAGGAGCGAUACCAUAGUCUGAAGGAGCGCAGUGUUCAAGGUCAGAGGAAAGUGAAAGCAGAGGUGGAGGAGAGGGAACGGAUACAGGAACAGUUGUUGGGAGUCAGGGGAUGGCUGGAUGCUGCUGUCUCUCAGAUUUCUGUACUGGAACAAGAGCCCUGCAAGAAACAUCUACAGGAGGUUCACUCGCAGCUGUGUACACAGAAGGCCGCUCUGCAGCGUAUCUCAGAAGGAUUGAAAAUGAUGUACUCGGAGAGAAACACGCCGGUUCCUGAGGAGAUUGAGGGACUAAUACAGGAAGUCUCAAACUCAUUCCAGGAAGCAGAGAAGCAGGUGGAAACAGCUGUGGAAAAGAGCGGUCCGCUUCAUAAACUUACUGCUAAGAUCUCUGAGAUUAAAGCAGGUCUGGGAUCAGUUCAGAGUUGGUUAGAGCAGAAGUGCUCGAACUUUGGUGAAGUUGAGAGCACACAGAAGCGUGUGUGGGACGAGCUGGAUGGUUUACACACUCGUCUGACGGUGGUGGAGGUGGAGCUACAGGACACGAGUGAGAUACAUCCGGAUGAGUUCCGUAUGAUUUUAGAAAACCUGGCAAAUGUUCAGCAGACGUACAGCAGCCUUACCAAACAGGCCGAACAGAGGACCACCUUCCUUAGCAAGAUCCAUGAUUGGCUGCUGGAGCAUGAGGAGAUGGUGAAGGGGUCACAGAGCUGGAUCACAGAGGCUCAAUCGUGGUUAACAACACCCUGUACAUACACCACCGCCAGAUGCCUUGACAAUCAUGUAAACGCACUGCAGAUGGUACUGGAUGAUUCUGCUCAGAUGAGACGAACACUGCAGGGUUUCGGCGGCGUGUUAACAGAGAUGGGAAGCGUGUUUGAUGUCAGUCCAUUAGAGGAGCAGCUCUCCAACGCUGACCGCCGUGUAGCCGACAUGCAGCACAGCUUGCUAGGAUUUCUCUCUCAACUUGAAAAUGCAGCAGCUGAAGUGGACGCAAUUGAAGCAGAGAUGAAGGUUAUGGAGAAAGAUGCAGACAAAAUAAAAUCUACCCUGACCACCGAAGAGGGCAUCAGUCUGGACAAACUCAAGGCCAUUGAGAACAGGAUUGAUCUGAUGAAAAGGACCGUCACUGAGAUCCAGAACUGUAAGGAUGGUCUGUGUCUUCCUGACAAAGCUGAAAACACACUUCUUGUGUUCAAAAGAGCUGAACUAUUACAAAAAAAACUCUUGGAACUGGAGCAGCUGGCUUUAGAAUACUCGAUUGAGGUGCAGGAGAUUUUUGCCCCGCUUCCCGAUACCACCACUCUCGGUGCCCAACCCCACAGCACCACAUCCCUCUGUGUUCCAGACACUAUUGCUGAGGAGGAGACACUGGAGACUGGUGAGAUUCAGAUUGUGCAUGUUGAGGAGGACGUGUUGAAGAAAUCAGGAGGAACCCUGAUGACAGUGGAGCAGUCCACACCUGAGCAGAGACACUCCUGGAUCUCUGAGAAGAGCUGCCAAACGCCCAAAGAGGUACAGCCGGAGUCUGAUGAAGCAGAGAAGCUCAGCGAAGCUGUGGAGACUACAGAAGAACAUGAUGAUGAUGAAAACAAUAAAGGAGAUGAAGAUGAAAGACAAAAUGAGUCUGAAGAGGCAGAAGGAAUAUCUCCAUCCUUACUUAACCUUGAGACUUCUUUCCUUGCGAUCAUGAAGCCGGAGUCUGAUGAAGCAGAGAAGCUCAGUGAAGUUGUGGAGACUACAGAAGAACAUGAUGAUAAAAACAAUAAAGAAGAUGAAGAUGAAAGAGAAAAUGAGUCUGUGGAGGCAGGAGAAAUAUCUCCCUCCUUACUGAUCCCUGAGACUUCUUUCCUUGCGAUCAUGAAGCCGGAGUCUGAUGAAGCAGAGAAGCUCAGCGAAGCUGUGGAGACUACAGAAGAACAUGAUGAUAAAAACAAUAAAGAAGAUGAAGAUGAAAGAGAAAAUGAGUCUGCGGAGGCUGGAGAAAUAUCUCCAUCCUUACUGACCCCUGAGACUACUUUCCUUGCGAUCAUGAAGCCGGAGUCUGAUGAAGCAGAGAAGCUCAGCGAAGCUGUGGAGACUAAAGAAGAACAUGAUGAUAAAAACAAUAAAGAAGAUGAAGAUGAAAGAGAAAAUGAGUCUGCGGUGGCGGAAGAAAUAUCUCCCUCCUCACUGAACCCAGAGAUGUCCUUCGUCUCGUUCAUGAAGGAAACUGCUUCUUCAUCGCUGGAUGAGUCUACAGAACAGAACCCCGAACCAACCAAUACAACAGACCCACAGGUAUCAGCGGACACUGAAUCAGACACAUGUGCAGACGUGUCCGAAGCUUCACGUGAAGGGGAUGCAACAGAAGAAAGCGCGUCUCUCCUUGAUGAAAUGGAGCAGGGUGCAUGGCGGGGGGAACAGACCAGUGACACAAACACGCUUGCACAUACCAAAAUAAUCCUGACAGAACACAUGAACACACAUUUAGAGUCACAAACCUCUCCCACAGACACAGGGGACACAUUGAACUCAUCUAAUGUCAUAACCUCUGAUCAGGUACAGGGUGUGGUUUUAUCCGAAACAUUGGGGGUCUCCACAAAACCCAUAGGCACACUGCUAGCUGUUGCAUCAGAGCAACAUACACACACUCAGACAACCACUGCAGAUACACACAUCCCUUUAAAUACAUUAAACACAAAAGACCUGGGGUCAGACAACAGACACGACACACAAACACAGAGCACAAACAAACCCCAGCUGGAGAAGACCGAGCCAUUGGCUACAAGCAGAUCUUUGGCCACAGUUGAAGCUGGGGAUUCGGGUGGACGGUUGUAUGGUGACGAUCUGCUCCAUGCCUGGCGUGAGAGGGCCUUACAGCUGGAGGAGUGUCUGGAGAGAGCACAGAUCGGCCUGGAAGAGUCGAGACCACAGGACACGGCAAUGCAACACAGCAUUGAGCAACAACUUCACACCUGCCAGACGAUUCUCGUGGAGAUUGAAGAGAAGAUCUCCUGUCUUCCUGAGUGUGGUUUGAAGGAACACGAGCAACAACACGAAGUGGAAUUGCUCAACACAAAACUCCAGCUGUUAAAGAACAGAUUGGUGACCGUCCUGUUACAGCUGCAGGGCAAACACAGUGUAGAGCAGGUGUGUGUUGAAACUGAGCGCCCCCUGCAGGCCAGGUUAACACGCAGCAGCAGUGUGCAAGAGAUGUUGAGCUCCUCCAGGGGCAAACUGUUCAGACAAAGCAGUCUUCAACAACAGAAGGAAUUGGAGCAUGGUUUAAAUGAACAGAGGGAUCUAACCAAAGCUAUCGCAAUUCAAGGCAGCGGAGCAAGAAAACACAGCCAGAGUACAGAUGAACACACAGGCCCUCCAGCAGCAACAGAGGAUGAAGACAAGAGACAGGAAGUACAAUCAGCAGUGUACAGGAAGUGGAUACACCUCCACAGUCGACUGACUGAGAACAGAGAGACUCAGAAUGAUGGAGGCAAGGAAGAUCCAUCAGAGAUACUCACUCCAUCUGUAUGUUUGUGGAGUGGAGCUGCUGCUGUUUCUAUCUGUCGGCAGGAGAUUCAGUCAAACAUUGCACGUCUUAAAGAACUGACACAAUCUGCAGUUACACAGGAUCACCAGACUCUGGAUGAAGGUUUGUUUGAAGUGUUGAGUGGUGUUAAUCUCACUCUCUGUUCUCUUACACACGCUGUCCAGUUUCAACCAGCAAUCUCACACAUCGACAUAGAUGACCAGCUGCAGCAGUUACAGGGUUUAUCCGAAGAAUUGACCUCCUUGGGUGACGUGCUGACCUCUCACGGUUCAGAGGUCAUAAAGGUGUUAGAUCCAAAUUCAGUAGUAUCAGAGAGCUCUUUAUGCCUGGACCUGCUGACACUGCGAUUAUGUGAAGUUAAGAAGACUCUUACUGAUAAACAAGAAGAGCUACAGGAACGACAAAAACAGACUAGUCAGCUACAGAGAAAAAUACAAGAUGUGCAUGAUUCAGUAAUAACUAACAAGUCAGCCCUUCACCCUACAACUAAUGGAGACGCCCACUCUGAUCUUCACACACAGCUGCAGGCUGUCGUUGGGUUGAAACAGGAGGUGGAGGAGAAAGAAAAAGUGCUGGUGGAACUCAAAGAGACAGAAAGUCAAAGUCAACCUUCAUCUCACCUCACACAGCAGAUCAGCACACUGGAGGCGGUAUUGGAGAGUGUCUGGAGGGAUCUAGAAAAACGUUGUGGAGCUCUGCAAUGGAGUCUAGAUCAGCAGCAGAUGAGCGAGAGAAUACUGAAGGGUCUUCAGAUGGUCCUCCACCUCGGGAGAGAAAAACUCACCUGCAGCUUUCACCUGGACCUUAACAAUCUUGGACAAAUACAGACACAGCUCAGUACGCACACGAAGUUUUUCCUGUCUCUGGGACGUCACAUGCGGAGACUGCAGCAGCUGAGUGUUAGGAUGUCAGACAGCGCCCCCUCUGGCUGGGACGCUGCAGUGUCUGAAAUUGAAUCUCAAGUGUCUGGUGUCCUGCAGCAGGCUCAGGGUGUUGGAACUCUACUGAAUACACUUCUGCAGGUUUUCACACAAUAUGAGGAAAAUCGUUCCUGGUUAGAAACAUUGCUACAGAUGUUAGAGACUCAACUUCCCAUAAUGCCUCUGCGGGAACAAACUGAAGAGCAGCUCAGCACAAACAUUUCUGUCUAUCAGAGUGUACAUGCCGUUCUUGAGGAGAACAGAGCUCGGGUCAGUCUGGUUCUAGAUGAGGGCCACAGACUCCUCUCACAGAUUUUUGUUAGUGAAGUGGGCAUUCCUAUACAUAUAACGGGAACGUCUACAUUAAGGCUGGAGCAGCGAUUGGUUUCUCUUCAAAGAAAGGUGGAGCAGGGACAGGAAUCCACCCACCGACUACAAAAGCUUUGGAACAGAUAUCAAAAAGAUUUUGAGGCUUUGAAUGCAUACAUAGACCAAGCCAAAGAAAACCUGAAUACAUGGAAAGAUCACAUGAUCUCAGGUGAACAGGAAACAAACCAUGGCCUUUCCUACUUUCAGCAAUUCACAGAAUUUGUUAAGGAGCUAGAAGCAAAAACCGCCCUAAAGGCAUCAGUGAUCAGCUCUGCAUCUUUGAUCCUUAUGCUUGGUGAACGAGAGCAAAACACUGAGACAAAGAAGAACAGCAAAACCAGUACUGCAUUGAAAACAUCAUCUUUCUCUGGAAAUAAAGAGGUUUCUGAAGACCUGCAGACAUCUGAACCUGGCAACAUCUCCACUGAUAUCCUAGAAAACAGUCCUGAAAAAUCCUCAUCUGUAGAUGUCAACAUUGCACAUGCUACUGAGGACAAUUUUGAUGCCAAAUUACAAAUUACUACACAAGAAACCCAAAUUAGAAAAGAGACAUCAGACACACAUGUGUCCAAAUGUAGUUCUUCUCAAGCUGAUUUUCCUCCCCCAAAUGUUAGUUCAGUGGGGAUCUCUGUAGCCAAAGACACAAAUAAAGACACUACCUGUGAUGACAAAGAUUCAUCCACCCAAGACACUAUUCUGUCCCCAGUACUGCUGCCUCUCCAAUCCCAGUUAUCUCGAGUGGAGCAGGACUGGAUGACGAUACUAUCAGAAAUACCAACUGUCCAACAGAAACUGCAUCAGUUUGUUGUGGAGAGGCUGUCUCCUGAAGCCCUGCUGGCUGAUCUCUGUGGCUGGAUUACAGACGUUGAGAGCAGGUUACAGGCGGCCGAGCAAGAGGGUCACAACACCUGCACUGCUGCAAAGCUCACACACCUGCUUAAAACAUAUCAGGAGAUGAAGCGAGAGAUAAGUUGUCAGCAGAUGUCUGUUGAGUUUAUUAAUCAGUGUGAGUUAAAGCGGGUCGAGUUUGACUCCCAUACCUGCAGGUACAAACACACCUCAUUUGCCGAAAGCAUGGGACAAGUAAAUCUGCGCUGGCUCACUCUGCAGGCUCACCUGAACACACAGAUCCGACACACUGAAGAACAAGUGAGGAUAUGUGCUGACCGUGAGAACAAACUGCAGCUCUUGCAGCAGUGGGUCAAAGAUCAAAAACAAUGGAUGCGAUUGGCUGAACGACCUGUCAGUUAUGCGUUUGCUGAAAAGAGUCUCAAACACUGUGAAGAGCUAAUAGAGACAUUGAAGGACAAACUCACAGAACUUUCUGAUCUGAGGAAGAGGAGACUUAGCCAUGAUGAAGAUGAAGAAUUCUUCACCAAAGUUCAAAAUCUCUCGCAGUCUUUAACCGACCUUUCUCAACAGGGUACAGACCUUGGAAAUACUCUCCUGCAGGUGUGUAACACGUGGUCUGAGUUCGAAAAUGGGAGGAGACAGAGAAUUCAAAACACAAUGAGGAUCUGUCAAUCACUACAGUACUGCCACGCCCCUCUGCCAUCUAUCUCUGCCCUACAGUACAACAUUAAUAAGCUACAGGUCCUUAAAGUUGAGGCCGAGGAAUUUGACAGGACUUGGGAAGAUCUUAGCAAAACAUUCUCAAUCCUUAUUGGUGGAAUUAGAACAGACACCGCCCAGAUAUUAUCGGAGCAAUUCGAAAAAGAAAAAGCAAGGUGGACAGAGGUAAAGGAAACGGUCAUGCACACAUUGGAGAAGUCACACAGUCUUCUGAAGGUGUGGCAGAGAUAUUCUGAUAUAAAACACAUCUGCUCAGAGCAGCUUCAGCAUUAUAAAGAGCAGCUCACCACACACAGUAAAGCACCUGCUGACCAUGAGACACUCACACACAGCGUUGAGGAGCUAAAGCAAGUGUUACAGAAAGACCUUCAGGUUGAUGUGGAUCAAAUGCAUGAAGCAUCUAAAGAUCUGAUUGAACAGAUGAAUGACGAAGAUGCGGUUUUUAUUAAGUCAGAGUGCCGUUUGUUAACCCGUGGUUACCUUCAGUUAAAGCAAACUCUGACGGCAAGAAUUCAACAUAUGCAGGAGGAUCUUGAGCAGUUUCAAGAGUUUGAAAGAUUAUUCCAGACCCUUGAAACACAUUUACAACAGUGGGAAAACAAGCAAAGGAUGAACAGCCAGCACAAUGACAUUUCUGAGUUGGGUCUGAUUGAGCUCAGUUCUUUGUCUCCUGAUCUGGAUUUGCUUAACACACUCAGCUACAGACUGACCCUCAGUGAUCCUGCGACUAAAAGGCUGCAGAACUUUAACAAGAAGUGGGCACAGGCCUCUGCACAUGCUCAGGAGAGAUGCAGUGAGUUGCAGGCAGCGUCUCUUCAGCAGCAGAGCUUUGAGCAGAAAUGUGAGAGCUGGGUGGCUUUCCUACAGAGAAUGGAGGAUAGUUUGGCUGUAGAAAUCUCAUCGACUUACCCUGGUUUAAGAGAACAACAACGCACUCACCAGUGUUUUCAAGCCGAGUUGUCUUUAGGCCAUCUGAUACUUCACUCUGUGAUCAGUGAAUCUCUCCUUCUAUUGCAUAAGGGAGAGGUGGAGGACAGGAGUGACUUUCUGUUAAAACUGGCACAGCUGAGAGAGCACUGGCAAGGGGCGGUGCAGAGAUCAGCUCAACGUCGCACUCUAGUGGAAGGGCUGAUACAACACUGGCACCUUUAUACCCACACACUCCAGAGACUGCGCAGGCUCCUUAUGCUCACUCGUACACUUCUGUCACCCGCAGUUCAAACACAUUGUAGUCUCAUGCAGCUACGACUCUCUUUAGACGAUCUUAAGCGUACUGAGCUGUUGUUUCAAAGGUCAGUGUCUGCCUAUCUGUGUGUGAUGGAGGUGGGCAGGCAGCUGUUCUCUGUGAGUGACAUGCAUACACAAACACAGCUGCAGACGGACCUGGCAGCCCUGCAGGAGGACUGGGAGCAAUACCAGUGCAUGCUGGGAAAGAGGAAGACUCUCGUAUCUGACAUCAUCAAGAAGUGGGAGACCUGUGAGACUGGACUAGCCAAUCAGGCUCAGCGUCUGGAGGAGCUACAAGCCAGACUAAAGCAGCCGAUUUCAGAUCAGAUGGAGGAGGAACACCUCCUUGUAAAGGAGGUUCAGGAUUGUUUGGACGAUUGGGCCGUCAGUUUGUCUGAGCUCAGCACCAUGAAGACGGACCUGUCCCAGUACAUCCUGACCGAUGAUGUUCUCCUCCUGCAGGAGCAAGUGGAGCAUCUACACUGCCAAUGGGAGGACCUCUGCAUCAAAGUGUCUCUCCGUAAACAGGAAAUCGCUGACCGACUUAAUGCCUGGAUCAUUUUCAAUGACAAGAACCGUGAGCUGUGCGAAUGGCUGACACAGAUGGAAAACAAGGUGGCACACAGCGCCGAGCUUAGCAUCGAGGAGAUGGUAGAAAAACUCAAGAAGGAUUGCAUGGAGGAGAUCAACCUCUUUAGUGAAAAUAAAACUCAUCUGAAACAGCUUGGAGAACAGCUCAUCACCGCCAGCAACAAAACCAAAGAGAACGAAAUCAAUGAAAAGAUCAAGGACAUUAAUGACCGAUGGCAACAUCUGUUCGAUCAUAUAGAGUCCAGGGUGAAGAAGCUGAAGGAGACUUUAGUAACAGUCCAGCAGCUGGAUAAGAACAUGAGCAAUCUUCGUUCCUGGCUUUCCCGUGUUGAGAGUGAGCUGGCCAAACCCAUCACCUACAGUGUCUGCCACAGCGAUGAGAUACAACGCAAACUCACAGAGCAUCAGGACUUGCAGAGGGACAUUGAACAGCAUACAGAGGGAGUGACAUCUGUGCUGACCCUUUGCGAUGUAUUGCUGCAUGAUGCAGACGCAUGUGGCAGUGAUGGAGAGAACGACUCCAUUCAGCAAACCACGCUCAGCCUCGACCGCCGCUGGAGAAACAUAUGUGCCAUGUCAAUGGAGAGAAGAAUGAGGAUUGAGGAGACAUGGCGAUUGUGGAGCAAGUUCAUGGACGACUAUGCACGCUUUGAGGAAUGGCUGAACACAGCAGAACGCACAGCGGCCAACCCUGCCACCAAAGAUGUACUCUACACCUGCGCUAAAGAAGAACUCAAAAAGUUUGAGGCAUUCCAGCGUCAGGUUCAUGAGCGUCUGACACAGCUAGAGCUGGUGAAUAAACAAUACAGACGUUUGGCACGAGAGAAUCGAACCGACGGCGCCAGUAAGCUAAAGGUGAUGGUACAUGAGGGAAACCAGCGCUGGGACUCGCUACAGAAGAGAGUGUCUGCAGUGCUCCGCAGGUUAAAGCACUUCACAUCUCAGCGUGAAGAUUUUGAGGGGACGAGGGAAGCCAUUCUGGUCUGGCUGACUGAGAUGGACCUUCAGCUCACCAACGUGGAGCAUUUUUCAGAGAGCGACAUCCACGAAAAGAUGCGCCAAUUAAACGCAUUUCAGCAAGAGAUCACUUUAAACACCAAUAAAAUUGAUGCUUUGAUCGUGUUUGGAGAGAACCUGAUCCAGAAGAGCGCUCCACUGGAUGCCGUACUCAUCGAAGAUGAAUUAGAGGAGCUGCACUCGUACUGCCAGGAAGUGUUUGGAAGGGUGGCUCGAUUUCAUCAUCGCCUGAUCAACAGACGACCGAUUUUGGAUGAGGACAGAGAUUUCUCAGACAGAGACACUGAUCCAGAGGACGAGUUGAGUGGGGUGUGGGAGAGGGAACAGGAGGAAGAUGAAGCUGAUAUGGGCGCCAACGUACAGCAGUCUGCGUGUCACCUGAUACCAGCUACUCUGGAACACUCUGGACGCGAGACACCCGCCAGUGUGGACUCCAUUCCCCUGGAGUGGGACCACACCGUGGAUGUGGGGGGAUCAUCAUCUCCAGAGGAUGAUGAAGAGUUGACAUAUUGCAGCGCCCUAUCAGAUGUAGAGGUCACUGAGUGCUCUGAGUCAUUUGCUAAAGCUACAGCUAAAGCGCUGAUGGCUGUGACUGGGGGGAGAUCAAUUGUGGAGACGUGGCACUCACCGGAUUUGACAGACAGAAGACGAGCAAACAGAGACUUCAUACCCAGCCUGACUUCAUCACCUAACAGUUCACAGUAUCACCCACAGGCCUAUGAUAAACUCAUGUCUGAGUGCGCCGGUAAUAUAGACAGCAUAAAGCGCGUAAAACUGAUUCUGGAUGAAGAAGAGCAACUGGUAGAUCAUGGACUUACAGCCCUCUCCGCUGCAGAUAAUACAGGGGUCAUCGAGCGAUGGGAACUCCUGCAGGUGCAGUCGAGUGGUUUGCCUCAAGAUCUUCAACAAUGGCACAAACUCAACUCUGACCUCUGUGAUGUCACGACAUGGUUAAACGGUGUGAUCCCCGAGCUGGAGAAACUUCAAACGAUAGAGCCGAAAACCACCAUCAGAGACAUAGAGAGCAAUAUCCACAAACUCAAGGAAAUGCAAAGAACGUUUAACAGCUACAAAACGGCAAUGAUUGGUGUCAAUUUAAGUGGGCGGGGCUUCCAAAACGGAGACAGCACCGAACUACAGGAGAUGCGUGAAAAUCUGCAGUCGGCCAAUGAGAAAUGGGCACAGGCUUGUGCAGCGCUGGACCGUUGGGAACACCGAUUGCAUAAAGCGCUCAUGGAGUGUCAGGAGUUUCACGAGACUCUUCAUUCUCUACUGCUGUGGUUAGCUAAAGCAGAAAGCCAGCGAUACAUGGUCAACAUUCAUGACCAAAACACAGACCUCCGUAUCCUACGAGAACACAGAGACACACUCGAGGCCGUUCAUCAGGAUUUACAGUCUCGUGAGAGGGAGGUUUGCUCCCUACAGGAGAUCUCCUCUCAGAUCUUGCUACAGGACCAGGAAGAGGACACGCUGGAGGCCAAAGAAAAGGUUCACGUCAUCAGCAACAAGCUUCGCCUUUUAAUCAGACAGAUAUCACAUGACCUGCAGACACUGCAGAGCAGACUCGACUCAUCGGGUCCUGGCAUGAGCGGGACAGUGUCAACACAGUAUCAGGAAGGUUCGAGGGUUCAGGCUGUUACACGGGGAUCUCCCGCAAGUGUGAAGUCUGAUUCAUCCCCAGGAAGGCCGUUUCUGUAUCGUGUGUUACGCGCUGCUCUGCCUCUACACAUCCUCUUUCUAUUCUUGCUGGUUGUGGCGUGUCUGGUGCCUCUCUCAGAAGAUGACUACAGCUGCACCCUCUCCAACAACUUUGCCCGAUCAUUUUACCCCAUGCUUCUCUACACCAACGGACCACCACCCACAUGAGAAUCAACCCUUGUACCGUUGGUUAACACUGUUUAGGUAGAAUUAGUGGGAUAUGCUUAUUGGAUUUAUCUCCUAUGGCCAUGAGAGACAAAGCCAGUAACAUGUCUGCAAAAUCAGAACCGUGCAAUUGUACAGUGACAUCACUUCCUGUUUCAGGUUCCAGCAUCAAAGAGGGAUUGUGCUGAAGCUGCAUAACCCCUAUAUCUUUUUGAAACAUGUAUACAUGUAUGAAUUUUUACAUGAAAGAAAUCCUUAUCAAAGGUGCACUAAAUCUAUAGUAUGUAGCAGAACAGAAGUCAUCUGCCAUCGAGGGUCAUCGAAAUGCUCUUGGUCAUAGAAAAAAGUAUUUAUUUUUAAAACAUAAUCUAUAGCUCACAUAGACUUUGAGCCAUCUGUAUUUUUAAAUAGGAAUCCUUAAGAGUUUUGACUGAUAAAUCCUGAUGAUCAGGUUAUGUUUAUACAAAUUGAAAUUGAAGUCCAUGUACUUGUGUAGUGACUUGCAAUGACAUUUUAUUUUUAGUUGUUAAGAAUGAAGUGAGCUGUCAGGGUGUGUGCAAAUGUUAAGUUUUUUUUUAUGUGUAAUUUAUUCAGCUUUUAAGUUUUGCGUGUGUGUCUGUGCGUGAACAAUUACUGAAAUUGUUAAAUUAUCCAAUUAUUACGUCAUCUCAAUAGAGAUGUAAAAUGAUAUAGAUUGCUCUGUUUGGGUUGUUUAGGUGAAGUGUUUCACAGACACUAAUUUUAAAGCCAUUAAAAAAAGAAUCUGUGUGAAUGUAUUUAUUUUUAUUGCUACACAUAUCAGAAAAUGAUGUGUCUAUUGACGUUGCCACUGUCAUGGCAAAACCUACACAGUGAAAAUUACGCAUAAUUGUGAACCUGGACCACCAAAUCAGUCAUUUUUUAUUUACUGAGAUUUAUACAUCAUCUAAAAGCUUUAAAUAAAUAUGCCAAAAAAGAAUAAAUAAGCUUUCCAUUGAUGUAUUGUUUGUUAGGAUAGGACAAUAUUUGGCUGAGAUAAAACUAUUUAAAACUCUGGAUUGGAUGCAAGAAAAUCUAAAUACCGAGAAAAUAGCCUUUAAAGUCGUCCAAGUCCUUAGCAACACAUAUUCCUAAUGAUAAAUACAUUUUUUAUAUAUAUUUAUAGUAGGAAAUUUACAAAAUAUCUUUAUGCAACAUACAAUACAAAUAUACCCAUGCUACUUAUGAGGGUCCAGGGUCACAAUUCAUAAAGUUAUAAUUUCGUAAAAAGCCAUUAGUUACAUUUACAGUUUAAUAAAAGUGUCACU